CCCCGGGGCGUGCAUGCGCGUCUCGGGUGACAUGCGGGGCGCGGCGAGCUCGCGUGCCCGCAGGCCGGGGUCCCUCCCGGGGCGAGGCGGUCCCCGAACAAAGCCCAGGGCGGGCCGAGGCCCGACUGCGGGCACUGCAGCCGCCUUCGCCCGCCCUGGCCGGGGAAGGCCGCGCUCAGGGAAUGGCCUCUCAUCCAAGGGCCGGCGAGGAGCGGUGACCACGGGGCCAGGGCGUAGAGCGCUGCCGUGCAGGGACUCUGCUCCUCUCCAGGAGAGAAGCCACCAGCAGGAGGCUGCGGGGACAGGAAUUGACCUUAAAGCCAUGUCACAGGGCCUGGUGACAUUUGGGGAUGUGGCUGUAGAUUUCUCUCAAGAGGAGUGGGAGUGGCUGAACCCCAUGCAAAGGAAGCUGUACAGGAGAGUGAUGCUGGAGAACUACCGGAACCUGGUGUCGCUGGGGCUUUGUGUUUCUAAGCCCGCUGUGAUCUCCUCAUUGGAACAAGGAAAAGAGCCCUGGACAGCAAAGAGAAAGGUGACAAGAGACUUUAAUGCUGUGCGGGAGACCGAGGAGUUGCCUCUAAAGAAGGACUUCUGUGAAGAGAAGUUAUCUCAGGCAGUGAUUACAGAGAGUCUCACAAACUGUAGUCUGGAGUACUCUGUGUUAGGGGAAAACUGGAGUUAUGAUGCUCUGUUUGAGACACAUCUGCAGCUAGACCCAACUCAGAAGAGUUUCUAUAAAAAUGUGAGAUGGGAGAACUAUGGCGACCCGGGUUCAGUAGAGACGCUGUUCUCUCAACAGAAUGCCGAGAGUAAGACUGAACCCCAUCUCUUCUCUUACGCAGGGCACUGUGUUUCCAAGCCAGACUUGGUGUCUUUGCUGGAGCGAGCAAAGGAGCCCUGGAUGGUGAAACGAGCGCUGCCAGGAGGCCUGUUCUCGGGCCAGCAAUCUGUAUGUGAGACCCAGGAAUUAUUUCCAAAGCAGGACUCAUAUACUGAUGGGGUAACAGACAGAACCUCAAAUGCUAAACUUGAGUGUUCCACUUUCAGAGAAAAUUGGGAUUCUGAACAUGUGUUUGAAAGGAAGCUUGUAGGUCAAGAGACACAAUUCAGGCAAGAGCCAAGUACUCAUAACAAAUCCCUCUCUAAGGAAAGACAGUGUAUGCAUAACAAAUCUGGAAGAUGGUUCUAUUUGGAAGAUUCGGAGGAAAGAGUUCAUAAUCAUGAUUCAGUUAAAAGUUUCCCAAAAAAUUCAGUUGUAAUAAAACAAACAGGCAUCUAUGCAGGAAAAAAACUUUUCAGAUGUAAUGAAUGUAAGAAAACUUUUACCCAGAGCUCAUCCCUUACUGUUCAUCAGAGAAUUCACACUGGAGAGAAACCUUAUAAAUGUAAUGAAUGUGGAAAGGCCUUUAGCGAUGGUUCAUCCUUUGCACGACAUCAGAGAUGUCACACUGGCAAAAAGCCCUAUGAGUGCAUUGAAUGUGGAAAGGCUUUCAUACAGAACACAUCCCUCAUUCGUCACUGGAGAUACUAUCACACUGGGGAGAAGCCCUUUGAUUGCAUCGAUUGUGGGAAAGCCUUCAGUGACCACAUAGGGCUUAAUCAACAUAGGAGAAUUCACACCGGAGAGAAACCUUACAAAUGUGAUGUGUGUCACAAAUCCUUUAGAUACGGCUCAUCCCUUACUGUUCAUCAAAGGAUUCACACUGGAGAAAAACCGUAUGAAUGUGAGAUUUGCAGAAAAGCCUUUAGCCAUCAUGCUUCACUCACUCAACAUCAAAGAGUACAUUCUGGAGAAAAGCCUUUUAAAUGUAAAGAAUGUGGGAAAGCCUUCAGACAGAAUAUACACCUUGCUAGUCAUUUAAGGAUUCAUACCGGGGAGAAACCCUUUGAAUGUGGGGAAUGUGGGAAAUCCUUCAGCAUCAGUUCCCAGCUUGCCACUCAUCAGAGAAUUCAUACUGGAGAGAAGCCCUAUGAAUGUAAGGUUUGUAGUAAAGCAUUCACCCAGAAGGCUCACCUUGCACAGCAUCAAAAAACUCAUACGGGAGAAAAACCAUAUGAGUGUAAGGAAUGUGGUAAAGCCUUCAGUCAGACCACACACCUUAUUCAACAUCAGAGAGUUCACACUGGGGAGAAACCCUAUAAAUGUGUGGAAUGUGGGAAGGCCUUUGGUGAUAACUCAUCCUGUACUCAACAUCAGAGACUUCACACUGGCCAAAGGCCUUAUGAAUGUAUUGAGUGUGGGAAGGCAUUCAAGACAAAAUCAUCCCUUAUUUGUCACCGCAGAAGUCAUACUGGAGAGAAGCCUUACGAAUGCAGUGCAUGUGGCAAAGCCUUUAGUCACCGUCAGUCCCUUAGUGUGCACCAGAGAAUUCAUUCUGGAAAGAAACCAUAUGAAUGUAAGGAAUGUAGGAAAACCUUCAUCCAAAUCGGACAUCUUAAUCAACAUAAGAGAGUUCAUACUGGAGAGAGAUCCCAUAACUAUAAGAAAAGCAGAAAAGUUUUCAGGCAGACUGCACACUUAGCUCAUCAUCAGCGAAUUCACACUGGGGAGUCGUCAACACGCCCCUCUUUACCUUCCACAUCAAAUCCUGUGGAACUAUUUCCCAAAUUUCUCUGGAAUCCGUCCUCCCUCCCAUCACCAUAGUCUCAAGGCAUCAUUUCCACUCAGCUACUCCAGUAGUUUAGUAGUUCCUCUCCCUGCCAUUGUUUUGUUUUCUUUUCAUCCUUUACUAGUUUUUUCUUCACAUCACAGUCAGGUUGACUUUUUAAAGUGUAAAUGUAAUUUAUUCACUCCUCAUGUAAAACUUGUAGUUUCUUUAAAUUAGCUAAUGCAUACGGUGUGCUCAGCACAGUGCUUGGUCCAUAUUAAGCAUUCAGUAAACCUAGCUCUCUUAAAAACAUUGUUUUUGAACACUGAAAAGUUAUCAUAGUCAGCUCUGAUAAAAGUGAUGCAGAACAAUGAGGUUGGGAGAGACCAGAGUUUAGAUUAGGAACAGGAGUUCUUCAGGGAAUGGGUGAGGUUUUGCCUGUGUUGAUUUAGAACUGGAUUCCAUAAUGCCAAGAUAAUAUUGUGGCUUUCCAUCUGAUCUACUUGUAAGGUGCUAUGACCUUGUUGGUGAGAAAAUUAAACUUUACUAUGUAUCUGCCAGCAGUCUUAGAAAAUCUAGAACAGGAAUGAAUUGGCCACCUGGAAUAAAUGAAUUAAAUAAUUAUAAUGGUACAAGAUGUAUAUACAUAAAGUUAAAACUAUUGACAUGUGACUCAAGAAUUAGAAAAAUUGGUAAGAUUUGGCUCUUUGAAGUCACUUGGAUUGUGAAUGAAUUCUAUUAAACUUUUAAGGAACCAUUAACUCUGUAGUAAACUGAUCUCAGGUGGGGGUCAGCAAACCAUGACUCAUAGCCACAGUCUCCCUAGCUGGUUUUAAAUGGUCCAUACAUGGUCUAAAUUUUUUUUUAAUUUUAAAUGGUUCACAAGAGUAAAAAGAAUAUUAUCAACUUGAAAAUUAUAUGAAAUUAAAAUUUUGGUGUCAGUAAAGUUUUAUUGGCAUGAAGCCACACCCACUGAUUUGCAUAUUAUCUGUGGCUGCAUCCAGGGUACAGCAGCAAAGUUGAGCAGUGGCAGAGACCCUAUUGCCAGCAGCGCAAGAUAUCUUCUGUCUGACCCUUGGCAGAAAAUGUUUGCUGAUCUCUGUUGUAGAGCAGAGGUCAACAAACAGCAGUGCAUGGGCCAAAUCCUGUCUGCUGCCUGUUUUUGUAAAUAGAGUUUUCCUGAACCACAGCCAUGUUCAUUUGUUUACCUAUUGCCUGUGGUUACUUUAGACAACCUUGACAGAGCCGAGUUGUCACAACAGAGACAGUGUGGCUCGCAAAGCUUCAUAUAUUUACUAUUCAUUAACAGUGUGCCAAUCCCUGCUCUAGAAUAAAGGAAAAUAUACAAAAGGUCCUAAAUUUAUGAGAGCAAUACAACACUCACAUCAACAACAAGAAAAGAAACUAUAAAGCAAUUUAUGAAUAGUAAAAGGAAAUUAUUAAACUAUAUUGAAAAACAAAAAAAAAUAUGUCAUAAAUGAGGAAAUGUCUAGAUGAAAUACUCAAUACUAUUAAAAUGUUUGUAAAUUGUAAUUCCAGAGUCUCAGUAAGAUAUGUUUACUUUGACAGUUUGAUUUAAAACAACAUAAAGAAGCAUACUUAGGCAAGAAUAGCAAGGAAAUUUUUGAAAUAUAAUUCUUUGCAUAUGAGAUUUUGGAAUAUAAUAAGACUGAUAUUUCAAUAUUGGAAAGACAAUUGGCUAUCUGCCACUCCAAAAAAAGUUAGAGGCACAUUUGUACCCUAGCUGUGCACACCAAGAGACAAGUUGCCCUGAAGAAUUCAAAUGAAUAAAGAAAAUUUGUGAAGCUUUUAACCUCGUUAGUCAGAAGAAUAUGAAUGAAAACAAAUUUUCUUGGCUCUUGGAUGGGCUAAAAUCUAAAUUUUGGGUAACACCCAGUACUGAUGUUAGUGUGGGAAAACAGGUCCUUGUGCCUCAUUAGCAGUUUGAAUUUUUCUCCCAUCUUUUGUAUGGCAAUAUGGCAUGGCCUAUUAAUGUUAUAAAUGUGCAUUCCUCCUCUCACAGUAGUUCCAGAUCUAGGAAUGUUAUCCCAUUGGAAUAAAUCGGUAGAUAUAUGAUAUAAAUCAUGUUUAUUGUAGAAUUGUUUUAAUCAUGCAAAUGGGAAUUCAAUGUCCUGCCGAGCAGAUGGAUUAAAUUGCAGUUAUUCAAUACUGUGCUGUGCAGUUAGUGGAAAGUGAUUAAGCUCUAUGUAUACUUCUCUGGAGAGGUUUCCACAAUAUAUUAAAUGAAAUCUGUGAUUUGCAGAACCUUAUGUGUAAAAUGAUCUUGUAGUCAUAGAAUUAAUAUUGAAUGUAUCUAUGGGUAUACAUGUACAUACACAUGCACACAUUCAGUAUAUAUAUGUGUAUGUAUACACACACACACACAUAUAAAAAUCUGUACUUUUCUUGCCUUUUGUGGGCACUUUCUUCAUUUUGUAUUCUGGUGAACUGCUAGUUGCACAACACUCCAGUGAAGCCAGCUGGAUUUCUCCUUCUUGGUAUUUUGACUGGAUACACAGAAACAGGAGCAGGGCCUGAAUUCAGCUUUAUGACCCAGUGUGGCUGUGAUGGAUGCCUCCUUUUAGUCAGUAUUCAUUCCAAUUGGUUGGAACCCUGGUACCAGCUGUGACAUAUAUACAGUAUGACUCCUGGAAAUAGCUUGAAUUGAGUUAUCCUUUUGCAGCAAUCUAAAGGUUUGUCCAUCUGUCACUGGGACCUAUUGAAAUGACUCCUGCUUUCUGACAUCUGUUCUUUAAAUCUGCGAGCUACUGAGCAUUCUUCUAAUAUUUAAUUUCUAAUUUUAAGUGAGAAUCACAUUCUUUUGUUCUCAAUGAAAGAAAGCUAGCCAAUACAGAAAUUGAUACUAGAGAAUGAUGACCAGGCUACAGAGAAGCAGAGUAUUAAGGUUUGAUCAUUAAAUGAGAUAGAUUGGAGGACAAAGAAACUCCUCAUCCUGCUCUGCUACAAAGGCGUGUGUGAUACAGCAGGAUCAUAAGCCCUUCGUGCAAUAGGGGCUGCAUAGCUCCUACCAAAAACUGAAGGUGAUGAGGAAUGCUGCUUCCAAAUGUAUAUGCAAUCAUUGUUUAUAAUGAAACUGGAUCAUUAAAAGUAAAAUUUCAAGGCUA